UACAUUAUCCUUGAAUACUUUUCUUGUCAUCACAAAACCACUAACUAAUCCUCUCCUCAAACCUUCUCUUACUUAAUCAAAAAGUUCUAAAAAACCAAUGUCUGCAGAACAAGUUUUGAAGUUGUUAGAUACCAACUGGUUUGAGACAUCAAUUCUCACCACCAACAAAAAACCAUCUUCACCUUUACAUUCAACAACAUUACUAGAUUCAACCUCAAAGUCCCAUGAAGAAAACCAUGUUUUUCUAGACACACAACUCCUUAGAAUUCCAACACUUCAAGUAAGGUCCUUUAGCGACGAAAACUUAGGAUCCAAAAUCGGUUCUUUCUCCGAUUCUCUUUCACCAAACUCCGUCCUCUUACCACAGAAACUGAAACCAAUUCUCUCAGGUAAAGAAGUGAAAGAAUUCACAUCAGAAAAAGAAUCAACCGAUGCGAAAAAGGCUACUCGUCAACGUACUCAUAGAGCCCGACUCAGAAAAGGUAAGAAAACUAGUAGGAGUUUUUCAGAGCUUGAGUUUAAGGAGCUAAAAGGGUUUAUGGAUUUGGGAUUUACAUUUUCCGAGGAAGAUAAGGAUUCAACAUUGGUUUCUUUGAUACCUGGAUUGAGCAAGAAACAACACAAUGUUGAUGAUGAAAGUGUGAUUUGUAGGCCUUAUUUAUCUGAGGCUUGGGAUCUUAUACAGAAAAGAAAAGUGAAUCCUUUGCUUAAUUGGAGAGUACCAACUCUUGGCAAUGAGAUUGAUAUGAAGGAUAAUCUCAAGUUUUGGGCUCACACAGUUGCAGCCACUGUGAGAUAACAAGAAUCAACAAGUUUUCCUUUCUUUCUAGUGAUCAAUGUUUCAAGUGCAAUCUUCUUGAUUUUCUUUGGAGAACUUUUUCUUGUAUAUAUUUGAAUAAUGUACUACACUUCCCAACUCCGAUUGUAGUCUUUUUACACUGUGAAUCAACUACAAUUUUUUUCAUCAUAAAAGACGGUGAAUAACAAUAUCUGUAUGACUAUUUUUCGAUAAUGCUUUUUCGUGACCGUUUUCGCAAAAUGGUUGAUUUUUAAAAACUUCAUUAUAAUGUUUUCCAGAAAGAAUUUUGUUUUGUUUAAUCCAAGUGCAUUAAGAUAGUGUUUCUUC